UCGUGCUCCAAGCACUGUGGACCGUGCGCCACGGCAGACCAAGACCAGUGCAGACAAAUGUAGGGGAACGGUAACGUGUAUCCUGCUACCAGUGGAGCUUUCUUAUCAGCGCUUGCGGUCUAACGCUCUUUUUUUUUUUUAAAAAAAACAUUUAUUUCAGAGUUCCUCUUACUGAGCGCACUCAUCAGUAGUGCAUCCCCGACAACAUCCACAUUAGUGCUUUUUUUUAAAUUUUUUUAUUUUCUUUUAGAGGAGCGAGAAUUUAUAUCACAAGCAAAACAGCCUAGGGAUUGUAGACUGGGCUGCGUUAACCCCGUUUCCCAGACACACACAAAAGCCACGCUGCUGCAGGUCCACCUGGAUAAGCUGAGGAAGCCGUCCGGUCUCGGUUAGAGGUCCAGGAGGGAGACGGAGCGGAGAAAUUAAGCGCGGAAGACGGGAGCAACAAAGAAACGGGCAGGAUGAACCUCAAGAGUAAUUUGAUUUUCACUCUCUACACUAUUUAUGGGAUUCUACUGAAAGUGAUGGCUUCAAAAGGCAAAGUUCGAGGUAUCAGUGGUCAGUAUCCUCUGGUUCAAAAUGUCACCGUGACAGAGGGUGGAACGGCAAACCUGACCUGCCGUGUGGAGUAUAAUGACAACACCUCCCUCCAGUGGUCGAACCCGGCACAGCAGACCCUUUUUUUCGGGGACAAGAAAGCUUUAAGGGACAACCGGAUUGAGCUUGUGCGCGCCACAUCGUCAGAGUUGACCAUCAGCAUCAGCGACGUCACACUGGGUGAUGAGGGCCUGUACACCUGCUCUCUCUUCACCAUGCCAGUCAGAACAGCCAAAGCUUACCUCACUGUCUUAGGUGUGCCAGAAAAGCCGGAGAUCAACGGCCUGACAAAGCCAGCCAUGGAGGGGGACCACAUCACUCUGACCUGCAUCACUCAGGGAAGCAAGCCCGCUGCCGACCUCCGCUGGUUCAGGAAUGAGAAGGAAGUCAAAGGUGCCAAAGAGGUGAAUGCAAGUGGGAAGACGUUCACGGUGCGGAGUUCUCUACAGCUACACGUGGACAGAAAUGAUGACGGCGUGGCCUACACCUGCAGAGUAGACCAUGUUGCACUCGCACAGGCACCCCAGCAGGCCACCGAAGUACUGGAGGUCCACUAUGCUCCUCGUGUGGAAAUCAUUAAAUCAACUACUGUCCCUCAGGAGGGCCAAUACUUAAAGCUGGAGUGUUUCUCCAGAGGAAACCCAUCACCAGAUCCUGUGAUGUGGACGAAGGACGGUGGUGAUCUUCCUGACCUUGACAGGAUAAUUGUCGAGGGGAGGGAGCUCACCUUUACUUCACUCAACAAGACAGACAAUGGGACCUACCGCUGUGAAGCCAGCAACCAUCUUGGGACCAGCAGUGCUGAAUAUGUUCUCUACGUGUAUGACGCUCCCACCACCUUGCCUCCAUCCACCACACCCCCCCUACAUCCCAUCCUUCCAGAUCCUACUGUUCAGUUAAGCACCCACGCCUCAGACCCCACAGUCACUGGCAGCAGAGAUCCCAAUGCGCUGGGGCAGCAUGGCACCGACCAUGCCUUGAUUGGAGGAGUGGUGGCUGUAGUGGUCUUUGUCACCUUGUGUUUAAUCAUUGUUCUGGGAAGAUACCUGGCCAGGCAUAAAGGAACAUACUUGACGAACGAAGCCAAAGGAGCGGACGACGCGCCCGAUGCCGACACAGCCAUCAUCAACGCUGAAGGCAACCACGCACACGCAGAAGAAAAGAAGGAAUACUUCAUUUAGACUGCAUAGGGAGCUGUGCUGCUCUCUACCUUUUCUUUCAGUCCCUCUAUUUCUUAUAGUCUCUCUCUCUCUGUCCCCCACUUUCGUCUUCACCUGUGGCCACUGCCCCCUUUGAGUCAACACAGCCCGCAGGCAGAGAUGUUCCCCGAGCUUUUUAUUAUUAUUAUGUCCUCUGGUUCAGCAUUUUCCCGUAUUACAUUUUACUGGGUUUUUUUCUUGUUGUUUUUUUUCUGUCCUUUUUGGGAGAUAUUUUUUUAUCUUCCACAUGCAGUUUGAUGCUGCUCCUGAAGCUCUACCCAUUCUCACGUUUUUUGCUCGUCUAGUGACACGAACUCCUGGAAAUCUAUAUCUCUGCCAUGGCUGCUUCUUACAUGACCUCUUGUUCACCCUCUUUCGUGUUUCCCACCAAGCAGACACGCUGCCACACGUUGUAUCUCAUGCCCCCCUCACAUAUCUCACGUCAACAAGGUGCCUAAAAAUACAGACGCCAUCGAACUUCUUUCAAUGCCUUCAUGUGUCGCCUGUCAGUAGCAAUGUAAAUGCUAUAUGUAGCUCAUUUCAAUGCUUAGCUCACAGCUUUUAAUUAUACAUUGCGUCCUUUUUUAUUUGAAUGAUCUGUGCUGUUUACGCCUUAUCCGUGUCUAUCACACUGAAUAUGGUACUUUUAGAUGAACCACUGCGCCCGACCUCCCCAUCCCCUCUGAAUAAACUUGUAAUUAAGCAGUGGACCCUUGUAAGAUAAGACGAAGGUUUUGUGUAACACUGUAGCAAGGUCCGUCAGAUAAGUGUAUAAUAUGAUUUUCACUAUUAGGGUAGGAGUAAUAAGGGUUAGUGCGGUGUUGUUUAGAGCAAAGACCCACCAAAAAUAUUUGAAAGAGUAGAUGAGGCUUUAUGCUAAAUCUGCUGUCCCUAUGUACUUUACUCUGUACAUCCCUGCACCAUGCAGACAGCAGUUUAGUGAAACAUUUUAAACCCUAUCUGGACAUCUUACAGUAGUCUGUGUUUUACAUUAAUGGUUCAGAUGUACAGAAAGAAAUCUCCACGUCUCAAAAUCUGUAAAAAUUGUAUUGAAAUUCUUUUAACUUUUCACAUUUUAAUAAUUUACUUUCUGUUCAUAUCAUAAUAAAGUCAUUUUGCAGCUUAAAGGCCUCAUGAAAUAUACAGUGAACAAUUUAAGGUUUCUGUAAUAGCAAAAUAAAACCAUAGCAGUGUGUCUUGGUGUUAUCCUUUUUAGCCAUCUAAAAAGGAUAUCACCUCAAAUCUAUAGUUUGAGGUAUUGGGGCAUCGAUAGUUUGAGGUACAGGCAGAAAGGAUAACAACAUAUUUUGACUAUGUGGGAUACGCUAAUGGACGUCUCUCCAUUGGUUUUCGUCGUAAACAGCUGCAGCACUGGCUGUAAAUCAGUUGUAGUGUCCACCUUUAAUCCUUAGGUUUCAAUUCAAAUAUUCACAUAAUCAGGGUAGAGGUUUUGGUGAUCCAACACGUUGUCUUUUUUAGUUAAAAGAUAUAAUAUAAUAUAAUAUAAUAUAAUAUAUAAUAUAAAACUAGUGUUUGCUAGUUCGUCCCAUUGGAUUCAAAGAUUGUACCAUAAAGUUGAUCAAAAACAAAAAGACAGCAGCCUUUCACUUGUAAAUAAUAAAUCCUGUAAUAUAGGAGACGACGAUUUGCAGGAAAAAGCAGUAAUGCACGCCCAUUACUUGUGUCCGCGCUCUGUCAGUGAGGUCAGCUGGACUUAUAGCUCAUCCUCUAAAACAAGCGUUUUUUUACCUUGCUCAUAUUCUUGAAAUUUAGCCUCGUGGAAAACUGAAGAACAUUAUCAGUUCUUAGUAGGUAACUGAUAAUGAAGCUUGGACUGCCACUGUACAAGUUAUGUUUCACUAGUUUUUGAAGAGCAAACUUAGUCAGUCUUUUUAUUUCCCAUUUAGUCAGUCACAGUUCCAUUUCAUGAGGUCUUAAAGUAAAAAAAAUGAAAUUGGAGAGAAAUGUUAAGAGUGCUGGCUAAUAAUCUGCUUGGGUCCCAUUUCCAAAAUGUAAAAACUGGAGGCAAACAGAAAAGCACAAAAUUUGACAGAAUGAGUUACUGUGUUCCUUUGCCAACAACUAAAUUGCCUUGGGAACGGUUCUUUUAAUCAAAAAGGUAAUGGAAAGAUGAAAGUGCAUCUUUUUGAAAAUGUAAGCUAAGUAAUUUUUUUAUAUUAAAAAACUCAAAUAUUGUUGGUUUAAACUGUAUCCCACUCCCUGUUAUAUAUUGUGUCUGCUAAAAUGUGGUUGACUGUAAAAAAAAAAAAAUUGCUGUUAAAUUCUGGACUCCUGUAUUCCUUCAAAUGUAUAUUUGCCACUAUUACUUUCAUUUAUAAGACUUUUUAAAAAUUCUGUUUUGUUUUUGUGCAAAGCAUGUACAUAAUGUGUAAGAACAACACUUUGGUACUACACAUUAGCAUGAUUUUUAUUCUUUCUUUUUUACUUUUAAUUUAUUUAAACUAAAGUUAUUGACCAGAGAAUCACUACAGAAGUACAUUGUUUUGGUACUGCAGGUCUGAAGAAUAAAAUAUUACAAUAACAAUCAAGUUUAAUGAUAAGUCAUAUAAAUGUUGGCACAAAUUGAUGUUAAAAAGGCUAUUUAUACAUAACAAAAGAAAAUGUAUAAUUGCUUAUAUACCCAUUGCCCAAAAUGAAAACUACAACAUAUUUCAAGAGGAAUCAGCUAAAAUGUUACCUUUAUGUUGGUGGCAAAAAAAUAACGAUACUCAUUUGACACUCACUGACCACUUUAUUAGGUAUACUUGUUUAUUCAGUUAACACAAAUACCGCAUAUUCACAUAUAUCACAUGGCAAAACUUCUAAACACUUAGAUGUCUUUACGUUGUGAAGACGUCUUUCUGAAGUUCAAACCUAGCAUCAGAAUGAGCAAGAACAUUUUAAUUAGUUUGAACGUGGGAUGGUUGCUGGUGUCAGAUAGGCCGGUCUAAGUAUUUUAGAAAUUGUUGAUGUACAGAGAUUGUCAUGCUCAACUUGCUGAAUAUUUUGAAAAUGAUUUGCAAAUAGUAUAAUUUGUGUGGAAAGAAACAUCUCGUUGAUAUCAAUGCUUGGAAAUGAAUGGACAGACUAAUUUGAGAUAGUAGAAUAAUAAUAAUAACCAGGAAUGCAGAAUAAUAUCUCUGAACACUCAACAUGUUGAGCUUCAAACUUUGAACAGAUGGGCUACAGCAGCAGAAUCCCACAUUGGGUUCCACUCCUGUCAGCUAAGAGCUCAAAACUGAGGCUAGAAAUCACAGCUUCACCAAAAUUGGACAAUGGGAGAUUGGAUUGCCUGGUCCAGUGAAUCUCAAUUUCAAUUGCAGUAUUGAGAUGGUAGGAGCAGAAUUGCAUCAAACAACAUGAAAACCAUAGACCUAACUUGCAUCAACAGUUCCGACUGCUACUGGUAUAAUGUUAUGGGGAUACUUUUUCUUUUCAUCCAUCAAUUCUGUUUUUGUAUUGAUUUAAAGGAAUUUGGCUGACUUAGUCUCCUGUAAAAGUGUGAUAAAAACCAACAGCAGUAAUCUACUUGGAUGAAACAAAUUAUUACCAAGGGCAAUAAAAAAGUAGGCCCUGCUGUCUCCAGUUUUGUGGCCAGUUUACAACUUUAUGCAAAUAUGGUUGAAUAGCAAACUGUCUUACUCUGUAUGGCAAUGUUGGACUUCGUAACUGGAGAGAAUCACAUGUUAGAAAUCCUUAGAUCAAUAUCAGCAUAUUUUUUUUCUUGUCAAAGUGUAUGUAGGGAUAAAUAUUUUUUUAGGUAUUGUUAAUUACCACAAUGUCGUUGUUUCACACGUUUGUGCACUUCAACCUUCACCACGCUGUUAACAGAUUUAACUUUGUUUUAAAAAGCUCUUACGGUUAUCUGUCACUUUUUUGCAGAAGAAAUCAUUUAGAUAUAAAGCUCACAUUUUCUGUUGCAUUCCAUCUGUGUGCCCAUCUUAGAAAUGAGACAAGUUAGGACAUGAUAUUUAACAAAAGGUCUGCAGUGAUGAGUUGGUGUUGGCAUUGGAAAAGAAAAGGUGCCAUUUACUGAAUUAUGCACUCUGGCCGUUACAAUUUGAUGGAUAUUUCUUAGUAAAUGUUAAAAUGUGUGUGUGUGUUUUUUUCUUUUCUUUAGGAACCAACUGUAAAUAUUUGGUUUGAAAUGAAAGUACUGAGUUGAUUUAUUGCAAUGGCUUUUUAUAAUCAAUAGACCAAACUUAAAUCUUGUUCAAUUUUGUUUUGAUGGUUUUUUUUCUAACAGCUUCACUCUUGCCACCAUUCACUCCUUUAUUAUACAGAUCCAAUUGUAGCUGGUCCUUUUUUAAUUUCUUCUUCUUUUUUUCAUGUUUAAUGUUAGUUGAAGAAACUAAGCUUUAAAACAACUAAUUACCCAUUUUAUGUCGGUUUGAUAAGCAAGAUUAUGGACUUUAAACUCCAUUAUUAAAAUCACAAACUUGUACGACUGCAAUGCCAUGUUCUUUAAGCGGCAGGCUAUUUCUGUCAUUUUUGGUUCUCUAAUUUCCUGGUUUAUAUAGCUACCCCGUUUUCUUUCGCUGAAGGUGCGGGUGAGGUUGUGCAUUUAUGCAGAUUAAGCAGCACAAUCCUGGCUGCAAUUUUGGCAGGAAAUUGCUCGCAAUUUUAUGACCAAUUUUCACGUUGGCUGGGACGUCUACACACCAGUGCAAAUUUGCAAAAAAACACCCUUUUUACCUGUUUUGCUACAGGUCAUGUUGUCUAUAGCCUGCACAGGUUUACAGCCAGGUACAAAACAGCUGUUUGCCUGAAGUUAAAGAAUUAGAUGAGUUAUCCCAGCAUUAUUUUAUCCACCAGUUGAGAAUUGUCUGUCAAAUAAUCAAACCUGGAGCAGAAUAAUGUUUGCCUGUUUCUGUGUGGGCUUGUAAAAUACACAGGAAAAAGGACAAGUUGCUCUCUAUUAAAGAGCAGAUGCAGAAUUGUGUUUUGUAAAGAAAAUUCUAUCUGCAAAACUGGACAUUAUGAUAAAUGAGCUAGCUCUUUAUUAUUUAUCUGUAUCCGCUUCCUGCCUACCUGCUUCUUUUAUGCAUUGGAUGAAAGCUAAUGUGUUUUUAAAGGGUAAUUUGGCUUUUUUGAAGAGAUGUUUGUGGAUGUUACUAUCAGUAAUAGCUCCCAUACCUGUACCAGAUUGAUGUCGUUGGCAAACAAGUUUUCAGAGCAAUGGAAGGACAACAUUUAGUCACACAGUAUGUUUUAGCUAUUUAAGAUCACCCAAAAUAUAUUUUUUUCAUGUUAGUAAGAUACAGUCCUUUAUCAGUGGAUACUAAUUAGAUGCAAUUUCACAGUAUUGUCUCCAUUUUAUCAGCCAAACAGCUUUCCUGUUGCGACACUGACGUUAUAUUAGUGUAAUCAUUACUAAUUGCUAAAAUAAUGGUGCAUCUUCAGUGUGAGGUCUUAUAAAUUGGUCUAAUCAGGUCUAAUUAAUCUAAUCUUAAAAUGUUAAGUUUUAAUUUUAACUUAUAGCAGAACACCACAAGACAGACGUCUGUCUGCUGCAGGUUGGGGAACUAACACUAAUAAUAAUUUCACAGAAUGACACAUAAGGAAAUCUGAACUAUCCCUUUAAAAAUGUUGCAUUGUUACUGGAGCAAAUCACAUUCUCUUUCUCAAAGUCCCCACCAUUAUGUAGAUUUGACUCUCAAGAAGCAUAUUGAAUGUUCAUAUUAAUGAAAAAUGUUAUCAAGUCACUAAAGGUUGAUGUGAAAAUGAUAUCUCUUCUGGCUUAGAAUCGGCUUUUUUGACUUUGGUUUUAAAUAAUUCAGGAUUUUGUUUUGACACAGUUUCCGUGCCCUGGCUUUCUCUCCACAUGCCUUUGCUGUACAGUUUACCUUCAAUCCAGCUCUUUGUUCCUCCUGAAAUAUCAAUGCAGACAUCAAUCAGCCCAGUUUCUAUAUUGCCGCAUUGAUCACGUGUGACAUAAUCGCAUGUAGUGAUGCGCUGUUAUUAUUUUUAUCAGUUUUGUUUCUUUUGCAUCUCAGGAAUAUAUUUCAUUUAGGAUUUCCUUCCUUUUCUUUUUUUUUUUUUUGUUGGUGAUUUCCUGUUUUAAAAUGGGGACAUGUGAGCACUUAUCACUCUACUCGUCCCUGUAUGCUGACACCAUGUAUUUGUUUAAGAUUACCACGAUGUUAAUAAAAUUAUUCAGUGAUUCUUCAGUAA